AUGGCACUAAGACCAUCAGCAGUGGCAAAUUUCAUAGAGAGAUGGGCAUGCUCACCCAUAUCUUUCAUAAAAAUAAUAAUUUAUGAAUAUCAGCAAAGAUACGACAAGUUUGGUUCAACGAUUUGUAUAACUGCAAAAUGUGUUGAUAAGAAACUCAGCAAUUGCUAUUCAAUUAGCGUAUAAUAUUCUUAUGAUUCUGACAAAAAAAAUAUUGUAAUGAUAUAGUUUUGAAGAAAAUGAGGUAAAUAACGGAUAACCAUAAUU